AUGGUUUCAUCGAGUUGGGAACAGGAAGAAAUUCGCCAAAAUUUGAACCAAUUUUACCGAAUGGUAAAAGACCAGCUGAUUAAAUAUCAGCAUCCUUUCAGCGGUCUUUUUCCUCAAUAUCCGGAGACUCCUGCUCACAAAUGCAUAGCUCAUGUUCGUGACAAUGUUUACUGUGCAACGGCAAUUUGGGCGUUACAUCGAGCUUUUCAGCGAAUAGGUGAUGAUUCCGGUCAAAGUUUCGAACUUCGUCAAUCAGCUGUUAAAUGCAUGCGUGCUAUUCUCUUGGGCUGGAUGCGACAAGCUGAUCGAUUGGAGAGUUUUAAAACGACUCAAAACUUGGAAACAUGUCUUCACUCUCGCCUUGGUUACGAAACCGGAGAUCCAGUUGAGGAAACAAAUUAUCGGCAUCUACAAAUGGAUUGUGUUGGUCUCUAUGUCCUCCAACUUGUUCAAAUGAUCCUCUCUGGCUUACAAAUAAUCCACACUAAAAUUGAAGCUGCUUUCGUACAGAAUCUCAUUUUUUAUAUUGAGCGAGCGUAUCGAAUUCCCGACUAUGGGAUGUGGGAAAGAGGUUCCAAACAGAAUCGGGACAUCACAGAGCUUCAUGCGAGCUCAAUCGGUAUGGCUAAGGCAGCUUUAGAAUCUGUGUCGGGGUUCAACAUCUUUGGAAGUGAUGGAGACCAUACUACGGUGAUGUUUGCGGAUAUUGACGCACAUUCAAGGAAUAGUAGCAUUUUGAGUACUCUUCUUCCUCGUGAGUCGGCGUCUAAGGGCACAGACGCUGCUCUUAUACCAACCAUCUAUUGGCCUGCUUUCGCAAUUCACACUUCAAGUAUUCGCAAGGCCACCAUGGAUCGUGUGGAGAUCUUGAAGGGCAAUUACGGCUACAAACGCUUCACACGUGAUGGCUACGCUACUGUGCUCGAAACCAACACCUUCUAUUCACAGGGUGAACUGGCCAAAUUCCGUGGAAUUGAAAAUGAGUGGCCAAUGUUUUUUGCCUACAAGAUUAUUGCCGCCUACUUCGACAAGGAGGUCAUGGAAAAGGCCGAACAAUUUGGUGAAAGUCUUGAACAAUUGUUAGUUCAACCAGUUUCAGAGAAGUACCCCUGGCUGCCAAAGUAUUACUUCCUUCCUGAAGGCUCGUUGGAUGGGGAACGGGAGAAACCGGGUUCUCAACUUCGUAGAAGUAACUUUAAAUUGCGCAUGGAGCCUCGUUUCCUUUGGGGGCAGUCAGUAUACCUCAUCUCCCAAAUGUUGUUAAAGAAUGUCCUGACCAUUCAUGACCUUGAUCCCCUCGGGCGUCACUGUCCGGCCGAUACGAGACCGAUGUCCCUCCUCUCACGCUACUCAACAAUCACUAGUCGUCCCGCAACCAUGUGCAUUCAAAUGAUCCUUUUGGCAGAAUCAACCAGGCUUCAGCAAAUCUUGGCCACUUACGGUAUAAAUACUCAAACUCCGGUGGAAAUUGAACCCUUGAAGUUAUGGCCUCCAGUAACAUUGGUUAAGGCUUCCACAUUCAUGGGCUUCAAUAAGCGUCUGGGUUUGAGAGGACGUCCACCCAGGCCACUCGGCUGUCUCGGAGCAAGCAAUGUGUCCGGUUCAACCGUGCUGGUUUUUCCUCACUUAUUUGAAGACCAAAGCUUCUACUUUAGCUAUGACAUCAAAGCCCUCAUCGAAGAAUGGUGGCGUAUGAAGGGACGGCCUAAUUACUGCUUUUUGGUCAAGGAGGAUAUGAUAAUUGGCCACGGUCGUGAGCAGUUGAUCCGUUUCCUCGUCAGCUUACAAAGUAAUUAUGUCGAUGGUGUUAGAAUUGUUCUUGGAAGAGCCCAGAACUUCGUGGCAACAGGAUGUAUUGAUCACUUGGACUUCUUCCCUGAUUGGGCUGCCAAUCUGGAGGAAUUUGAGGGAUUGAAACAACUCUAUGGUGGAAGAUCUUUCCGAUCACUAACUGAUUUGUCACGAGUGUUGGAUGAUGAGGAUUUGGAUUCCCUUCUGCCUGCUUCUCUUGUUAUCGCAAUCGCUGAUGCUACAAAUCGUCGACACUUUGGGCAAAUGUCGGACAGCGAUAUUGUGAACUUCGUGUGCCAUGACGGCGAUAGGCGUGAACUCUGGCCCUACAAACUGCCGGAUCCACCGAAAGGAAACGAGGAUAUGUUCACAACUCCCAUUGCAUUGCGAGCUAUCGAUUAUGCCCUUGAAGCGGCUGCCCUGCACGAAUUGAUGCAUCGUCACGGUCUAGACUAUAUCCUACAAUCUAGUGGAGUUCCUUCAAAUGUGCGGGACUACUUUGGCAAUUUGAGCAGGCGUGCCGGAAUCAAUCAAAUUUGGUGA